GCUUCACACCUCAGUAGAACAGCGUCGUACCCUGUCAAAUGUCCCUCAUCUUCUAGGACUUUGAGUGUAACAUGGUUCACUUUGUGUUUUUGUCCAAAAAUCAAGACAAGGGGAAGCUGAGGACUGGGAUCUCAUGUGAAAUACCAGUUUUGAAACUGUAAUGUGGAAACAUGGCCAAACCAAGAGAACAUGAGGAAAACCUCUUGGAGGAGUUACAGGAGCAGAUCAUUGUUGGGAGGAGAUCGCCCACACCUGUCACCGAGGCUCCGACACCACCAGAACAAACGAGGGCACUAUUUCACAGUGUGGAUGAAGAGACACAGUCCACAGUGAGCCGCCACCACAUACUGUCACAGGAGAACCCGGAGCUUGUGGUGGAUUCAGAACAAAGACAAAAGAACAGCACAACGGUAAACAUCAAGCAAUUAGAGGACAAACAAACAACAGUCAACAUGAAAACCAACAGGGAGAUCAUUAAAAGGCAAAGACAACUGGCAUGUCAACUAAUGGAGGAGAUUGAACGACACUGGGAAGAGACAGAAAGAGAAAGUAAUGCCACUCAAGAAAAACUGCAGCUUCUUAAAAUGCAGGCUGAAAUAUCCCAACAGAGGGCAACUCUGGACAGAAGUAGCAGUAAAAAGGAUAUUUCACAACACAGAGAUCAAACUGAGCGCACCAAACAAAAGUGGACAAAAAUCCAAAGAGAUACUGAAAUGCAGAGAGCUGCAGAAGUGGAAAGGAGAGAAAGACAGAAAAAAGGAGCAGACACCUUUGACAAUGUGAAGGUAAAAGUCAGAAGAAUCUUGGAAGAGAUGAAGAAACUUUGGGAUGUGCUGGAAGACAGUAAACAACAACUGGAAAUUACUCUUAGAGAGAAGCAAGAGCUAAACACAGAGAUCGGUCAAAUCGAAAACAUGAAAUCUGACGCUCUAAAGCAACAACAAGACAUGAAGGCUGAUGUGGAGAAGCAAAAACAACAAAGGCAUAAACAGGAGCUGGACAACAAGUUACAAAUUACAAAUAAAAAAAGAAAGUUGGAAAUGUUCAACACUGAGACAGAAGUAAAGAAAAUGAACCUGAUAAAAAGAAGGAGCAGGAGAAAAAAGCAAAAGACCAGCAAGAAGAAAAAAGAGACUAAACAAGACAUGGAGGAAAGACAAGAUAAGACUGAGGGGCAGAGGUCAGUGCAGGUGCUGGAGGUCAAUGUGGAUGAACAUAAGACAGAACUUCAACAAGUUGACAGAACCAGAAGAAUUAUACAACAUAAGGAACAUGGUUUUGAGGAAGACAACAUGGAGAUGAGCACCACAAACAAAGUGAAAGCUGACAUGCAAAAAGUGAUUUUUGAAGUACAAGAAAUCAGAAAGAUGCUGUGUAUGGUGAAAGAAGAGCAAAGGAAAAGCAUAUUUACAGAGGGAAAGAGCCAAAUCAAAUGGAGGAAUUUUCAAGAAAACAAAAAGAGAUGGAAGCUAGAACAAUGGCAGGAGAAGAUCAUCAAAGAGAGGGAUGAGUUAGAAAUCAUGAAGAUAAAGAUGCAACAACAAAGGGAAGAGGCUGAAAAAGAACUGGAAGCUACAAUAACUGCAAUUCUGACUGUGGGUGAGAUGAAAGCUAAAGUCGAAAAAGCUGCUACAGAGAUUAACAACACACAAGAGGAAAUGGUCAAAGUCCAGAGGGAGAUGGAAAGGAACAAAGAAGAAGUCAAAACAUACAUGGACAAGCUGAAUUCCAUGAAAGCUCAGGUCAGUAGAUGGAUAUUGACAGAAUCUGCAAUCAAAAACACUUCUUCAGUGAAAACAUCUACACCUCAAAUACCACAGAAAGAAACAGACAGGGAAUCACUCAAAGAUCACACACUGGAAAUUCCACCAGUUGAAGAAAGAGGAGAAAAUGAAAUUACAAAAGAGACUUUAUUUGUACAACAGUCGAUUACAGUAGAAGACCAGCAUCAAUGUGUAGAAAUAAAAGAACAGGAGCAAAUGCAAACAGAGCACAAACAGUUUUCUGAAGUUGACAUAAAGGAAAAGCAGAACAUUUUCUUACAGAUGCAGACAGAAAUUCAUGAUGAAGCAUUAAUAGAUGAGGAUCAGACAGAAUGUUUAAUAAAUGAGAGACAAAGGGUAGAAGUGAAGAAGCAGAUGUCUAAACUCAAGCAGAGAGAGGAGAAAAUCAAAGAGCAAAUAAAGUAUGCUAUGGAGAACAUGGAAGAAAAAAAUCAAGAGAUUAAAAGACUCAUUAUAGAUAUAAAUGACCUGCAGAGCCAGAAGCCAGACACUGAAACUGGGUUACAAAUUCUAUUCAAGGAAACUGGAAAUGUUGUGGAAGGGGAAACUGGACCACUGCAGGAAACAGAGCACAGAGACAGUUUGUGGGUAACCAAUGCUUUUAAACAGGAAAUUACUACAUAUGAAAUCCAAGAGGAGAAUGGCAGUGACGUGAAACAAGAACAAAUUGACGAGUCUGACUUGAUGAGAUCGGACGUUGAGGAGGAAAAACAAAGACAAGAGUCGAAAAAAGAUCUACAGACACAAACUGAGGAGAUGGAUGGAGGUUUUGAUGAAAAGGACCCAGGAAGUUCUGAUAUUCAAAGGCCCAAGGCAGAGUUGUAUAAAACACAAGAUAUCAUAGGAUUGGCAAAACUAGAACCAAAAAACCAACCUGAAAAAAUGAACAUUCACAAAUAUCACAAGGAUAAAAACAGUGAAAUCGAAAGCUUGUUACAAGAGAUUAAACAUUUCCACGUGUUGUUGAAAAUGGUAAAAACUGCAAUGAAGGAAAGUGAAAUGUAUCUGAGAAAAGAAAUAAGCAACAUAAAACUGAUGAAAAAAAAACAGAAAAGAGACCUGGAUCAGAGGUUAGAGAAAAGUUUGAGGGAGAGAGACGAAUUAGAUAUUUUAAAAAUAAAAAUACAGCGUCAAAGUGAAGAGAUUGAGCAGAAGCUGGAGAAAGUGGCAAAAGUUAAGAGCACUGUAGAAAAAAUGGCUGUUAAGACUAGAAAAAAAAGUGAGGAUAUACAGGUUAGUAUGAAGGAGGCCCAAGUAAACCAAAGACAGUUGGAUGACCUAAACUAUAAGAUUAACAUUAUAAAACAUGACGUGGAAAGCAGUUAUCUUUUAAUAUUCCAGGAAAGAGCUGACUUUUUAAAAUUCAAGAAUCAAAUUAUGCAGAAAAAGGAUGGAGAAUCUGCCCUGGAAAAUACUGAGAGAAAGAAAGAAGAUGUAAAGAAACAUGACAGAGCUGAAAUUGAUACAGAAAGGGACAAACUGACAAAGAAUAGAAAGGACAAAGAAAUGGAGGAAAUCAAAAAUGAAAUCUUCAAACUCAGACAGGUUAAAGAGAAACUGGAGGACGAUAUAACACUGAUACAUGAGCAAUUAAAAGAAAAGACAAAGCGAGAAGAGAUUGAGAUGCUGAAACAACAGAUUCAAUUGGAGAGUGAGAAUGUGAAAAUAGAAAGACAGAAAGCUGAGGCAGAAAUACAUGAGAUGAACUGUUUAAGGGAGAAUAUCAAAUGUCAGAAACAGGAGCUGGAUGACAGAGCACAAACAGUCAAAAGAGAAAUAAGAGAAAUGGAGCUGCUGAAGUCAGAACUAGAAAUAAAGGGAAAAGAGAGUGAACGGAUGUUUAGAAAAAACAUUAGAAAAGAAGAGGAGAUGGAACAAAUGUGGAAUGAAAUACAAAGAGAAAGGGAAUUACUACGGAGAGAGACCCAAAAGACAAGAGGAGAAUUAGACGAAAGACUGGAGAAAACCAUAAGAGAGAGGGAUGAAUCAGAAGUGUUGAGGAUAAAACUGCAAAAACAAACAGAAGAAGUCACUGAGAAUAUGCAGAUUAUCAAAGACCCGACUACUCUUAUCCAACAAUACAGAGAAGACGAAAAACAGUGCAUGGAAAAGAAACAGGUGAGAAGCAACAGGGAGAAUGCUGAAAUGGAACACCAAAUCUCAAAGGUCACUGAUUGCAUUGCUGAUCAACAAAACAUGAGACAAAAGAUUCACAAAUAUUUGGAAUUAAUUAGAAUGGAAAUGGGAGCUCUAGACAAUGUAAAUGUUCAAUUAGUGCAACAAAAAGAGGGGCUCAAAACAUUACUAGGUGAGAACAGCACUGUAAGAGACAACAUGUUCAGAAUAAAAUCUCAUAUAAAGAUAGCCUUUGAAAAAUUGAUGAUACGUGCAGAAGCAGAGAUGGAUGGGACAGUCCAAAUGAGGGAUGAUAUCCAAAAGCAAAAACAGGAGCUUGCUAUUAGACUAGAGAAAGUUAAAAGAGAAAGAAGAGAGAUUGAAGUGUUGAAGUCUGAGUUGGAGAUCAAAAAAAGAGAAAAUCAACAAAUGAUCCGAAAAGGCAUUAGAAAAGAUCAGGAAGUUAAAAAGAUGUGGGAUGAGAUCAAAAGAGAAAAAGAUGCUGUCAAGAGGGAGACAAGGAAGAGGAAGAAAGAGCUCGACCAGCAGCUGGAGAGGAUCAUCAGUGAGAGAGAUGAACUAGAGAUUAUGAAGCUGAAGCUGCAAAGACAAAAGGAUGAGAGUAAACGUGGAACAGAGCAGUUAGCUGCAAAUCACAUUCAGAAACAAUGGGAUCUGGAAGAGGAAGUACAGGAUGACACCAUCAAAAGACUAAAACUACAACUGGAAAGCAGUGAGAAGAGCGUAAUGGCAGAAAGAAAAGAAGUGGAACAUUUAAGGAAGAAUCUCAACAAGAUGAAGGAAGAAGUUGGAGCCACCAUGAACAGCAUGAGUGGAGAGAGGGAAGUUCUCAGUCAAAUGAGGAUUGACAUUGACAAAGACAGACAAAUGAUUUUGAAUGAAAUGGACAAAUUGGAAAGGGAAAGGUCUGAGCUGAUAAUGAGAGAACAUCAUGUCAUGGAUAAAAUGAAAGUCAUAGAAAGUGUACGAGUAAAACUUCAGCAUCUGAAUGAAAGAAUGAGUGAUGACAUCAAACACAAAACGCAAAGUUUACAACAAAACAGUGAAGAUAUGCUAAUAGUGUACACUUCAAUCGAAGAAAAGUUGUCAGAACUUUAUGGACAUAAAGAAAACAUGUCUUGCUACACUGAGCUGUUACAGAUGGGAAAGGAAGGUCUGAUAAGUAUAUUGUCAGGCCUAGUCGUACAGAAAGAGGACACUGAAAAUGUAUGGAAGCAAAUGUUUACGACUGAAAAACAAAACCUUGACAAAUUGAAGGCAGGGCUGAAGGAAGAAAGAGAGGAUCUGGACAGAGUGAGUGAUACAAUAAACAAAGAAAAAGCAAACUUGGAGCAGAUGAGGUCCGAUAUCCUGAAACAAACUCAGCUAUUAGAACAAGGUAAACGAGAUAUAAAAGAUGAAAAAGAAAAGUUGGAAGUCACAAAGAUUAGGCUACAAGAGAAGAACGAACAGGCCGAUAGUCUGUUAGAUGAGAUUAACAGAGAGAAAAUCAACAUUAAAGAUCUGACCCUUCAGGUUCAGAGACAGCAAAACAAACUUGAAAAUACCAUUACCAAGAUUAGUAUAGAAAAAGAAGAACAAGAAGUACAGGAUGACACCAUCAAAAGACUAAAACUACAACUGGAAAGCAGUGAGAAGAGUGUACUGGCAGAAAGGAAAGAAGUGGAAUGUUUAAGGAAGAAUCUCAACAAGAUAAAGGAAGAAGUUGGAGCCACCAUGAACAGCAUGAGUGGAGAGAGGGAAGUUCUCAGUCAAAUGAGGAUUGACAUUGACAAAGACAGACAAAUGAUUUUGAAUGAAAAGGACAAACUGGAAAGGGAAAGGUCUGAGCUGAUAAUGAGAGAACAUCAUGUCAUGGAUAAAAUGAAAGUCAUAGAAAGUGCACGAGUAAAACUUCAGCAUCUGAAUGAAAGAAUGAGUGAUGACAUCAAACACAAAAUGCAAAGUUUAAAACAAUCCAGUGAAGAUAUGCUAAUAGCGUACACUUCAAUUGAAGAAAAGCUGUCAGAACUUGAUGGACAAGAAGAAAAUAUGGAAUAUUACUCUGAAUUAUUACAAAGAGAAAAGGAAGGUCUGAUAAGUAUAUUGUCAGGCUUAGUCAUACAGAAAGAGGACAUUGAAGAUCUUUGGAAGCAAAAGUUUACAACUGAAAAACAACACCUUGAGAAAUUGAACGCAGGGCUGAAGGAAGAAGGAGAAGAUCGGGACAGAGUUAAUGAUAAGAUAAGCAAAGUAAAAACAGACUUGGAGAAAAUGAGGUCUGAUAUCCUCAAACAAACUGAGUUAUUAGAACAAGAUAAACGAUAUGUAAAGGACGAAAAAGAAAAGUUGGAAGUCACAAAGACUAUGCUAGAAAGGAAGAAAGAACAGGCCGAUAGUCUGUUAGAUGAGAUUAACAGAGAGAAAAUCAAAAUUAAAGAUCUGAACCUUCAGGUUCAGAGACAACAAAACAAACUUGAAAAUACCAUUACCAAGAUUACUAUUAAACAAGAAGAACAGGAAGUACAGGAUGACACCAUCAAAACAAUAAAACUACAACUGGAAAGCAGUCAGAUGAACGUACUGGCAGAAAGAAAAGAAAUGGAACAUUUAAGGAAAAAUUUCAACAAGAUGAAGGAACAAGUUGGAGCCACCAUGAACAGCAUGAGUGGAGAGAGGGAAGUUCUCAGUCAAAUGAGGAUUGACAUUGACAAAGACAGACAAAUGAUUUUGAAUGAAAUGGAAAAACUGGAAAGGGAAAGGUCUGAGCUGAUAAUGAGAGAACAUCAUGUCAUGAAUAAAAUGAAAGUCAUAGAAAGUGCACGGGUAAAACUUCAGCAUCUGAAUGAAAGAAUGAGUGAUGACAUCAAACACAAAAUGCAAAGUUUACAUCAAUCCAGUGAAGAUAUGCUAAUAGUGUACUCUUCAAUUGAAGAAAAGUUGUCAGAACUUGAUGGACAGGACGAAAAUAUGGCUUUCUAUACUGAGCUGUUACAGAGUGGAAAGGAAGGUCUGAUAAGUAUAUUGUCAGGCCUAGUCGUACAGAAAGAGGACACUGAAAAUGUAUGGAAGCAAAUGUUUACGACUGAAAAACAAAACCUUGACAAAUUGAAGGCAGGACUGAAGGAAGAAAGAGAAGAUCUGGACAGAGUGAAUAAUAUGAUAAACAAAGAAAAAACAGACUUGGAGAAGAUGAGGUCUGAUAUCCUGAAACAAACGGAGCUAUUAGAACAAGAUAAACGAGAUGUAAAGGACGAAAAAGAAAAGUUGGAAGUCACAAAGACUAUGCUACAAAAGAAGAAAGAACAGGCCGAUAGUCUGUUAGAUGAGAUUAACAGAGAGAAAAUCAAAAUUAAAGAUCUGAACCUUCAGGUUCAGAGACAACAAAACAAACUUGAAAAUACCAUUACCAAGAUUACUAUGAAACAAGAAGAACAGGAAGUACAGGAUGACACCAUCAAAAGACUAAAACUACAACUGGAAAGCAGUGAGAAGAGUGUACUGGCAGAAAGGAGAGAACUGGAACUUCUAAGGAAGAAUCUCAACAAGAUAAAGGAAGAAGUUGGAGCCACCAUGAACAGCAUGAGUGGAGAAAGGGAAGUUCUCAGUCAAAUGAGGAUUGACAUUGACAAAGACAGACAAAUGAUUUUGAAUGAAAUGGACAAACUGGAAAGGGAAAGGUCUGAGCUGAUAAUGAGAGAACAUCAUGUCAUGGAUAAAAUGAAAGUCAUAGAAAGUGCACGAGUAAAACUUCAGCAUCUGAAUGAAAGAAUGAGUGAUGACAUCAAACACAAAAUGCAAAGUUUACAUCAAUCCAAUGAAGAUAUGCUAAUAGUGUACACUUCAAUUGAAGAAAAGUUGUCAGAACUUGAUGGACAGGAAGAAAAGAUGGCUUUCUAUACUGAGCUGUUACAGAGUGGAAAGGAAGGUCUGAUAAGUAUAUUGUCAGGCCUAGUCGUACAGAAAGAGGACACUGAAAAUGUAUGGAAGCAAAUGUUUACGACUGAAAAACAAAACCUUGACAAAUUGAAGGCAGGGCUGAAGGAAGAAAGAGAGGAUCUGGACAGAGUGAAUGAUACAAUAAACAAAGAAAAAGCAAACUUGGAGAAGAUGAGGUCCGAUAUCCUGAAACAAACUCAGCUAUUACAACAAGAUAAACGAGAUGUAAUGGACGAAAAAGAAAAUUUGGAAGUCACAAAGACUAUGCUACAAAAGAAGAAAGAACAGGCCGAUAGUCUGUUAGAUGAGAUUAACAGAGAGAAAAUCAAAAUUAAAGAUCUGAACCUUCAGGUUCAGAGACAACAAAACAAACUUGAAAAUACCAUUACCAAGAUUACUAUGAAACAAGAAGAACAGGAAGUACAGGAUGACACCAUCAGAACAGUGAAACAACAACUGGAAAGCAGUCAGAUGAACGUACUGGCAGAAAGGAGAGAACUGGAACUUCUAAGGAAGAAUCUCAACAAGAUAAAGGAAGAAGUUGGAGCCACCAUGAACAGCAUGAGUGGAGAAAGGGAAGUUCUCAGUCAAAUGAGGAUUGACAUUGACAAAGACAGACAAAUGAUUUUGAAUGAAAAGGACAAACUGGAAAGGGAAAGGUCUGAGCUGAUAAUGAGAGAACAUCAUGUCAUGGAUAAAAUGAAAGUCAUAGAAAGUGCACGAGUAAAACUUCAGCAUCUGAAUGAAAGAAUGAGUGAUGACAUCAAACACAAAAUGCAAAGUUUACAACAAAACAGUGAAGAUAUGCUAAUAGUGUACACUUCAAUUGAAGAAAAGUUGUCAGAACUUGAUGGACAGGAAGAAAAGAUGGCUUUCUAUACUGAGCUGUUACAGAGUGGAAAGGAAGGUCUGAUGAGUAUAUUGUCAGGCCUAGUCGUACAGGAAGAGGACACUGAAAAUGUAUGGAAGCAAAUGUUUACGACUGAAAAACAAAACCUUGACAAAUUGAAGGCAGGACUGAAGGAAGAAAGAGAAGAUCUGGACAGAGUGAAUAAUAUGAUAAACAAAGAAAAAACAGACUUGGAGAAGAUGAGGUCUGAUAUCCUGAAACAAACGGAGCUAAUAAAACAAGAUAAACGAGAUAUAAAGGACGAAAAAGAAAAUUUGGAAGUCACAAAGACUAUGCUACAAAAGAAGAAAGAACAGGCCGAUAGUCUGUUAGAUGAGAUUAACAGAGAGAAAAUCAAAAUUAAAGAUCUGAACCUCCAGGUUCAGAGACAACAAAACAAACUUGAAAAUACCAUUACCAAGAUUAGUAUAGAAAAAGAAGAACAAGAAGUACAGGAUGACACCAUCAAAAGACUAAAACUACAACUGGAAAGCAGUGAGAUGAACGUACUGGCAGAAAGGAAAGAACUGGAACUUCUAAGGAAGAAUCUCAACAAGAUAAAGGAAGAAGUUGGAGCCACCAUGAACAGCAUGAGUGGAGAGAGGGAAGUUCUCAGUCAAAUGAGGAUUGACAUUGACAAAGACAGACAAAUGAUUUUGAAUGAAAUGGACAAAUUGGAAAGGGAAAGGUCUGAGCUGAUAAUGAGAGAACAUCAUGUCAUGGAUAAAAUGAAAGUCAUAGAAAGUGCACGAGUAAAACUUCAGCAUCUGAAUGAAAGAAUGAGUGAUGACAUCAAACACAAAAUGCAAAGUUUACAACAAAACAGUGAAGAUAUGCUAAUAGUGUACACUUCAAUUGAAGAAAAGUUGUCAGAACUUGAUGGACAGGAAGAAAAUAUGGCUUUCUAUACUGAGCUGUUACAGAGUGGAAAGGAAGGUCUGAUAAGUAUAUUGUCAGGCCUAGUCGUACAGAAAGAGGACACUGAAAAUGUAUGGAAGCAAAUGUUUACGACUGAAAAACAACAUCUUGACAAAUUGAAGGCAGGACUGAAGGAAGAAAGAGAGGAUCUGGACAGAGUGAAUGAUACAAUAAAUAAAGAAAAAGCAAACUUGGAGCAGAUGAGGUCUGAUAUCCUGAAACAAACUCAGCUAUUACAACAAGAUAAACGAGAUGUAAUGGACGAAAAAGAAAAGUUGGAAGUCACAAAGACUAUGCUACAAAAGAAGAAAGAACAGGCCGAUAGUCUGUUAGAUGAGAUUGACAGAGAGAAAAUCAAAAUUAAAGAUCUGAACCUUCAGGUUCAGAGACAACAAAACAAACUUGAAAAUACCAUUACCAAGAUUACUAUGAAACAAGAAGAACAGGAAGUACAGGAUGACACCAUCAGAACAGUGAAACAACAACUGGAAAGCAGUCAGAUGAACGUACUGGCAGAAAGGAAAGAACUGGAACUUCUAAGGAAGAAUCUCAACAAGAUAAAGGAAGAAGUUGGAGCCACCAUGAACAGCAUGAGUGGAGAGAGGGAAGUUCUCAGUCAAAUGAGGAUUGACAUUGACAAAGACAGACAAAUGAUUUUGAAUGAAAUGGACAAAUUGGAAAGGGAAAGGUCUGAGCUGAUAAUGAGAGAACAUCAUGUCAUGGAUAAAAUGAAAGUCAUAGAAAGUGCACGAGUAAAACUUCAGCAUCUGAAUGAAAGAAUGAGUGAUGACAUCAAACACAAAAUGCAAAGUUUACAACAAAACAGUGAAGAUAUGCUAAUAGUGUACACUUCAAUUGAAGAAAAGUUGUCAGAACUUGAUGGACAGAAAGAAAACAUGGCUCGUUACUCUGAGCUGUUAGAGAGAAAAAAGGAAGGUCUGAUAUUUUCAGGCCUAGUCAUACAGAAAGAGGACACUGAAAAUCUAUGGAAGCAAAAGUUUACGACUGAAAAACAACAUCUUGACAAACUGAAGGCAGGUCUGAAGGAAGAAAGACAAGACCUCAACAGAAUGAAUGAGAUGAUAAACAAAGAAAAAACAGACUUGGAGCAGAUGAGGUCUGAUAUCCAGAAACAAACUUACUUAUUAGAACAAGUUAAACAAGAUAUAAAAUACGAAAAGGAAAAAUUGGAAGACACAAAGACUGAGCUACAGAAGCAGAAACAAAACAUUUAUUGUCUCCUUGAUGACAUAAACCAAGAAAAAGAACAACUGUAUGAAAUGAAGACAACUACAGAAAGAGAGAGAGACAUGUUUUUAAAUGUAAAGAAGCGAAUGAAAGGAGAACAGUCUGAACUAACAAUCAGAGAUGAUUGGCUCACCAGUGUUAUGAACUCUAUGGGUAGUCUGAGAGCAAAACUCAGACAGGUGAAUCAAAGUACACAUGAAGACUACACAAAGAAUAUGGAUAGCUUAAAGCGCACAAGUGGAGCUAUACUUGGAUUGAAAUCAAUACUGGAAGACAAAUGUGCUGAACUUGAUGAACUGAAAAAUAUAAUCACUGGUUAUCAUGACCUGAUACAAGGAGAGAAGAAAUACAUGGUGACAAUUACCUUUGACAAGGCGGUACAAACUGAAGUUGCUGAGAAAAAAUGCCUGCAACAGCAUUAUGUCAAGAAACAGGAUCUGAAUAAACAUAAAGAGUUUGAAUGUGAGAGAGAUGUCCUGCAGUCAGGUGUUGCGAACCAGACUGAAGAUUUACAGCAUCAGUGGAAGUUUAAAGAAGAUAAAGGUGAUCUUGAAAGAAAAGGUAAAUACUUGAAAACCCAGAGGGACAGCCUGCUGAUGGUAGCAGAAGAAGAACUGGAAAAUGAACUGAAACAGAAGCUUGUAACACUGUCCAAGGUAGCGACAGAGCAAGAUCCUUUCACAGAUGAGAAAAUGUCAAAAAGAGAUUGUUUGCGAAAGAUCUGGUGGGACACUAAAAUGCAUCGGAAGGAGAUUGAUCAGAUGAAGUGCAGUGGUCAUGAAAUAAGAAAAAAUCUGGAGAAAAGAGUGAAGGUGAUCAAUCAGUUUUUGAAGAGAGCAUGGUCAAAGAAAGAAAAAGAACCAUUGGAGAAGACAACAUUGGAACAGGUACUUACUAAGAACACAUGUACAUGUGAGUGGGAGAGAGACCACAAAAGACUUGAUGAAAAAUAUGCCGAGCUCGAUCAAGUUAAGGUUCAGAUGCUCAGUGAGAUUGAGAAACUCAAAGAACGUAAAAAACCUUUUAGGACGACAACUAACAACAAAGCUAAUCAGACAUUCCAGUUGGAUAUAACCACAGGAAAUGAAGCAGCGCAGGCAAUUCAACAAGUGUCUACCAAAACACAUCAAGAGCAGAUGAAGAUAGAAGAUACUAAAGCAUCUUCUGAGACAUCCAGUGGGCUACUCUGUCAGUUCUGGCAUUACUGCUAUCGUUGUUGCCGCCCUUGUUGUGCCUGCUGCAAGCAAGUGUAACCAGAGGCGAAAUAAGAGACAGGUCUAUGUCUCUGUAAUAUAUCUAUUUGGAUGAUUCUGGCAUAAAUUUAAAGUACAGCAUUUCUACUUUUCUCAAAUAGGUAUUUUACUUAAGCACUUGUAAUGCAAAGAUAACAGCUGAACAUUUGAUUUUGAUUUUUUCAUUAGUAUGUAUCGCAAUCUCAGGAAAUAGUUCUGUUUUGGCAGACACCUGAAACACUGAACAUUGUCAGGUUUCCGAAUUUAUAAUAAUUGCUCAAGUGCUAUCAAACUACUCUUUUGACACAAAAUAAUCAUUAAUACUAAUAAAAUGUAAAGUAACUCUAAAUGCCAAGGUAUUUCUGCUGAUCAGAGUAGAUACAAAAUGUGUGAGGUUUGUGUGUGUCACAAUUAUUUUACCUUUACUCCCUUUGUUUGCAUAUGUAAAAAAAUAUAUUCUUUAUUAGGAAAUUAAGGUUCAAUAGUGUAUUUUAACCAUUUUAAGAGUGAGUGCUGUGGAAUAUUAUCAUAAUGUGUUAAACUAAGAAAUCCACUCUCGAUUACAGAAAAUCUUGAUGCUGUUAAAUUGAUUUCUUUCCCUUUUUAUUGUUAUUGUGUUGGUUUGUUUUUCUUCUUUGUCUUUCUUCUCUUCUUUUCAAGUAUUCAGUUGUACCUUGCUGUGGUGAGGUUAUUUAAGAAAACACAAUAUUGAAUUCAGGUAAAAAUAAAUAAGUAAAAAAAGGGACAGCUCUGCUUUUAUGGUUAAAUGUAAAUACACAAAUCAUUUAUGUUAAAUCAUUUAAUUAUUUGAACAAACUCUCUUUUGUCAAAUAAAAUUAUCCACAUUAUUACAU